AUGAAUAUGUCUUCUCCUGUCACAGGUCUCUUUGAUGUUAUUUUCAACAAAGGAAAUAUAUGCAUAUUCCAAAGUCAUGAAAUAAGGCAUCUUUCUCUUGCUCUUGACAAUGGCUUUGUCACUGGAAUGGCUAGUGGUCGAGCCUCCACUGAGCUGCGGGUGCUUUAUCAGCCCAACCGCUGUGCACUUCUUGAGUCAGUGCAGGUUCCUGGGCACACGGUUAUUUUUGACUCUCAUGGCAAAAUAGCUGAUGAAUCGUCAACAGGCUAUGCAGACCUUUCAAAAGAAUUUGUGGUUUUUGUCAAGGGUGUGUUCCUCAACAGUGCGGUGGUUCUACUUGCUACGAGCCUUUGCCAGGCCCUGUGUCUCCAGCCCGAUGGCAGCUGCACUGGACUGGGAAACCAGUCUGAAAAAUCCUACUGGAUAGUACAUAAAAUCAAUGCUGGGAUUUGCAUGUUUGAAAGUGUGAAAAAUGCACGGAUGUAUCUGAGGAUCAAGGAUGGCCAAUGUGAUGGAACAGGCACAGGAGAUAUUGACUGUCAUUUUAAAAUUAAGAAGAACUUGGAAAAUGCAUCUGUAAGCCUGGAAUCUACAAAGAGCCCAGGGUUGUUCAUUGGACUUCAGUCAGAUGGACAGGUGAAACCAGUUAUUUAUACCAAGAAUGGGAAUGUUUUCUUCUAUCCACAAGUCAUCAAAUUUGGCAGAAAAAACCCAAUGGGUAUGUCUGCAACGCCCAGCCAAGGAGAGGAAAAGAUCCAGGAGUCAAAAAGCCAGCAAGAAACACCGCCAGAACCCGAGGCCAGAGGUUCCUUGCUUUCUUCAACUGCAAAAGAAAUCAGACCUUCCCAGAGCAGGGAGACUUCUUUGUCAGAAGAUGAAUGGAAGGUGUUAGUGCUGACAGGAAACACAGGGACUCGAGCCAAUGUCACACUCUGGGUGUAUGGAGAUGAAGGAGUCACUGGACCAAUAAGUCUUAGCAAGGACAGCCCAGAGCAGCUCUUCCUUCCAAGACAGCAGGAUGAAUUUCAGGUUGAAAUAAGAAACAUUGGAGAGAUAUAUAAAAUAAGGAUUGGACAUGAUGGAACUAGUGACCAACCUGAAUGGAGCUUACAGAGGGUGACCAUGAAGCAUGUGAAGGGCAAGAAGACCCUAGAUUUUGUGGCAAAUGCGAGGUUAUCGCGAAUGCAAGCAGAUGGAGACAUUGUUUGUGAGCUUCCAGUCAUAAAGGGAGGACAAGCUGUUUUUCCAUUAGUGAGAUACCAUGUUGAUGUCCAUACCGGGCAAUUGAAACAAGCAGAAACGGAGUCUGAAGUUUCCCUGUGUCUCUAUGGGGAGAGGGGAGACUCUGGUCUUAGACUGCUGUACAAAUCCAACAUGCCAGUCAAAUUUCAAAGAGGACAGACGGAUACAUUUCAAGUCGAAGCAGUGUCGCUUGGAAAGCUGCAGAAGGCGCUGUUGCGCUGCGAGGCCAGUGACAAGUCGCAGUAUUGGUAUUGUGCAAAGGUCGUCGUCAGAGAACAGGGCACUACGUCUGAGUCCGUCUUCACCUGUGAAAGGUGGCUUCCUUUUAUGUCUCAGGGCAUAAUUCAUUCAGAAAUUGAACUUUAUCUUCAAGAAGGAGAUUGGAAGGUGACUGUUGUCACUGGGGAUCUUGAAAAUGCGGGCACCACGGCAACAGUAUCCCUUUAUGUCUAUGGAGAAGCAAGAUGUUCAGGUCCAAUUAUUUUAGGAUCUGGGAAACACCAGCUAUUUAACCCCAACAGUGCAGAUAUAUUCAAGAUUAAUCUUAGAGAUAUUGGUGAAAUCUAUAAAAUACGUAUUGGACACGACAACAGUGGAAAGGAUCCCAGGUGGUAUCUGGAAGAGAUUCGGCUUGAAAACAUAGACACAUGUGAGCUGUUUUGUCUAACUGUUGAUUCCUGGAUAGCUGAGAAUGAAACUGAUGGAGAUAGAUGGAAAGAACUGCCCAUUGUGAGAACUAAUAAAGCAUCUUUGCCAGGUAUUUAA